CCUCUUACUGAUUCUUGCCUGCAGGCUCUGUACAUUAUUAUGUAGGAAGAUAUUCCUUACUUCAUCAUAUCGUAACGAAUCUUUAUGCUUUAGCAAUGCACCACGCGAGCGAAUUCCAUCCCAAAUGUACUCACUCAGAUUCCUUGUCUGACCACCAAGCAACCGAGAAAUGCCCACCAACGCUACUAUAUCCAUGACACCUCGUUCCCCUAUGCCUUGCCCAUCUUUCCCUUCUGCAUUCAUCAAACACCCAGACGCCAUGAAUUCUGCCCUCACACUUGUCUCCUUCCAGUCUCCCUCUCUCAACCCAAAACAGCGCCCGCCGUCCCGGCAACAGCAGAUAAGCGCCAACUGGGGGAAGAGGCAACAAUGCUCACCAAAGCCCAUACGAUCAAUACCAGGGCCAAAAGCAACCAGGGGCCUCAACAAAGCUUUCCAUGGAGAUGGAGAUAAUAAUGCCUUACCAUCUUCCCCCCUGACAGAUGUGAUUCAGGAGUUCUACUCCUCCCUCAAUGACAAGGACAUCGCACGGCUCAUGGAGCUGGUUGACCCUGAUUGCACUGUCGAGCACGCUUCAUAUUACAAACCACUCAACUUCAAGAAGACGAUGACCUACUUCGCAAGGCUCAUGGGAUCCAUGGGGGAGAACGCCAAAUUUGCUAUCGAUGAGGUUUGUCAAGGAGUAGAACCCACUGCUGCCGUGGUAUUGUGGCACCUUGAGUGGAAGGGCAAGAUCGUCCCGUUUACCCAAGGCCUUAGUUUCUACACGUGUUCGGCAAACGGACAAGAGCUUCUUAUCAGGAAAGUUGAUAUCUUCAACGACUCACCUGUGAAACAAGGAAACCGGGCAUUGGACAUACUUCAUUCCGUUGCCUAUUCGUUCGACAAAAACCCAGAAUCAGCUGAAAGAAUUCUACAGGACGCAGCAGGGCUUGGGUCCUUUGUCAAGCUUUAUGAACUCUGCGUGGAGCAUAUCGCACGUCUUUUCAGAUUUGUGGCGGAUGGAUUGAUUACGGGACUCCUCAUUUUGUAUAGCAUAUGCAAGGAGUUGAUGUAAGGAGGCAAUACAAUACAACAGGAAAUCCCACAUUUUCAGAAGAAUAGCA